AUGCUUCAUCUCAAGACCACCCAAAGAAAUGGGCGUGGUAAGACCCAGCCAUGGCUAUUAUUACUUACCCUUGACAUAUGCUUGGCCCAGCGGAGGUUUCUCGCCUUUGAGUUGGCGGGACAGCUCCCCAAUCUGCCUAGGUUGUCUCCCUGGGCUUUCAGCCUCUCAGUUCCCUCACGCCCUGUAGGCCUGUACUCGGUAAAGGUGCGCCAAAGCCGUAAGUCCGGUGAUCUGUAA